UGUGCUACGUCAUCAGUCAGCUCCGGGAGGAUCUGCGAGACCCGCGGCGGCUACCGCCUCAGCAGUAACCAUAAAAACAAGUCGCAGUCCAGUCAAAGCUUCGAUAGCUUCUCGCUAGCAAAAGCAUCUGACGGCGAGGCGAUACACUUGUGUUGACACUUGUCUGAAUGUAUGAGGGAAAAGUCGCACGCAUUUUCCACUGACGAGCUUUUUAUACAACCCACACUGGUUGUUGCCUGGCUCAACGAUGUCCGACGCUAGUUACACUGCUGCAGACAACAACGGAGACUCUGGGCUCAAUGGGUCCUGGGUGGAAUUGGAGAUGAACAGAGGCGCUGCAGGCUCAAGCCAGUCGUCUUCCGCAGUUAGCCCUGUUUCAGGCCUGUUGCCCCUUCCUCAGGUGGAGGAAGAGGAGGCCAUGGUGGGGGCACUGGAGCACGUCCCAUCCUCGUCCUCUAUCCACAACGGUGACAUGGAGAAGAUCUUACUGGAUGCCCAGCACGAAUCCAGCCGUAGUAAUUCCUCCUGUGACAGUCCUCCACGGCCCCAAACUCCGCAAGAUGAAGGGCAGAUCAUCUUCGAUGUGGACGUGACCGGCAGACGAGACAGUCAAGUGAGAACUGAAGUGGGGCCUCGGGGGAUUGAGGUUGUCAUGGCAACCCCUCUGCACGAACUUCAGACUGUGGUCUUCACGAGAACUACCGAAGAGGAUGUCUCGGACAAGGAGAGGGACAUGGACAUGCUCAUGAAGGACGCAGAUUGGGUUGCUGACUGGUCUAGUCGACCGGAAAACAUUCCUCCUAAGGAGUUUCAUUUUUGUCACCCUCGCCGCUCUGUGAUGCUCAGCAUGAGGAAGACUGGUGCCAUGAAAAAAGGAGGCUUCUUCUCUGCCGAGUUCCUCAAAGUCUUCAUCCCUUCCUUGCUGAUUUCACACAUCCUCGCCCUUGGACUUGGAGUGUACAUUGGGAAGAGAUUGACCACGCCCCCCACCAGCUCUUUCUGAAGCUGAACCUGAAGAAAAGUGCCUGAGAAGUAGUCUGGAGCCAGAAAAAGUGUUGAUGUCAUGUGAAGCAUUUCUUCUUCUUCUCCCCUUUUUGCCAACAUCACACUCCCUCCCCCCUUCCUCACUGAAAUAUGGCAUGUUCUCAGGAGAAAUGCAUUGGUGUCCUCAGCCCUGCCCUGCCCUGCCCUGCCCUCUCUUUUUCUUGACUGCCUUUCCUGACACAAGAUGACCCACCCCCACCCCCACCCCACCUUAGAUCUCAUUUGUAAAAGCUUUUCAGGGUGGCGGGAAUGCUAUAUUCAUUGGCUUGUUUCAGAUGUCAGAAUGGGUGGAAUUCUUUCAGAAAAGGCAGCAAAUGGAAAACUGGGUUUGAGCAAGUGUAUACAAGCUACAUGUGUGCUGACAGUAUUUCAAGGUUGGUGUCUUGGGCAAGUGUUGCGGGGUCCAAUAAGGUUCAGACCGCGUGUCAAUGUUCUUUCAGUUGAACAUAUCCUAAAAGCUAACGGGGCCCUGAAUGGGACACAGCGAUACGAUGUUGUUUUAAUCUUUAGUGUCCAUUUUAAGUUACUUGAAAAGAUUUGCUCUCAAAAUCGAUAGUGAGAAAUGUAGAUCAGAGUUAAGUUUUGACCAUUUAGUUUUGGUAUUUCUUGGAAAAUCUAACUUGAUAGUUUUCUUUUAUUCAUAGAAGCUUUUUUUAAGGACCUAUGGUAUUUUAUUUCUUGUUUCAAAAAACAAAUGGGGAGUUGGGGGGAUAGCAACGAAGCCUUCUUAAUUAAGUUGGGGUACUUCCUCAGUUUUUGAGCCAUGUGUCUAAUCCACACGGCAGCAACUAUGAAUUAGUUCUCCCACGGUCCUACUUGACAUGUGAUUGCAGACACGUGACUGACAGUGUUCAACAACAGCACAAAACUUGAUCUGCUAUCGAAGCUUGUGUGGGAGUAGACUUCGGUCUUGCCCAGGACUGAACUUUGACCCAUCAUCUAAAUGCAAUGUUGACAAGAUGUUUGCAUACAAAGAGCUCUUGGAUGACUUUCUUUGAAGGCACAGAUGAGGAGUAAAAGUAGUCCCGUUAUUUCUUUCAUACUUUUCCCAACAAUCCCCCACAAGGUUGAUUGUGAUCACCCCCACUUCCCCAGAAAAAGAAACAAUCUGGUUUGCAGAGUGGUGAUUUUGUUGUUGUUGUUGUUUUUUUUUUAAUGAAUAUAAUUGUGAAUGAAUGCACAGCGCAUGAGUCGCCCUGGACAUGUUCCAAACUAAAAGCCUUUGCAUUGACUGGCCCUGAUGUGAGAAGGAAUCCAGAGAGCACUCUCACACUGAGAUGGCCUGACCGUAAUUAUUGUGAUACAUUUGCUUUUGCUUUUUUAUUGUUUUUAUUUCCGCCCUUCGAUUCCAUUCAACAAAUGAUAAACAUUUGGUCAUUAAAGAUAACCUGAAUGAA